UGUGUUUAUUUUGUGGAUAAAACAAGAGUUUUCAUCGUGAGAUUUCAGUCUGGAUCGUUUACAAUUGGUCCUCAACAAAACCGUCGAGUGUUUGAUUCAGGCUUCAACGAGAUUGCCAGCUCGGCACAACGGUGACGAGCUGUUGAAGGGCGCCCGUCCUGCUCGCGGUCACCAGCUGACGACUGCGAAAACCACUCGCCACUAACACUAUCACUAACGUAACGUCACCGUCCUCACCGGUAUUGGUGUCGUCGAAUGGGCAAAGAGGCUUCGUUGGGGUCUAGUGCGGGAUCGUUGUCAGUGAGUGGAGCCAGUGUUUUGUAAACAAAAGGGCUGGCUGCAAUCAAACCAAUCCAGCGGACAACGGUUGAUAGCAGUUCCGCGAGCAGGAUUGGCUCCGUUUAGCUCAGAUCGCGUAGCACUCAGACACACGUACCACCAUACUGCAAGGAGAGAGACACUGUGUGCGUGCAUCGGUUUGGUGAUAUCGCUAGAGCAGCACGCGAACCAUACGGUACUGAGCCGUAAUCCCGUUCGCAAGCCAACACUUCAAGCCACCAAGUCGACCGAAAUUGAAUCCGGCGUUAAGCUUUACCAUCCCAAAGGCCAACAUGGAGUACGAUUCCGGUUCCGCCGAGCUGAACGAACAGAUCGCCAAAUGGUUGCAAUGGGAUCAGAAUGAAAAAACGCGCGAAGAGAUACGAACUCUCGCGGAUCAGCAAGAAUGGGAGGUACUCCGUGGAAGAUUGCUGCAACGGCUUACCUUCGGUACGGCCGGCUUGCGUGGUGUGAUGCAGGGUGGGUUCAACGCAAUGAACGAUCUGGUGGUCAUCCAGUCGGCGCAAGGGUUGGCCAAGUAUCUGCUCAAGUGCUACCCAACGGCCGAGGAGCGGUCGCGUGGCAUUGUGCUGGGCUACGAUGGACGGUACAACAGUAAACGAUUUGCCGAGUUGAGUGCGUGCGUGUUUCUGAAUGAAAAUAUUCCGGUCUGGUUGUACAGCCGCACGGUGGCUACGCCAUUUGUACCGUUUGCCGUCUUGGAGCUGAAGUGUUUGGCCGGCAUCAUGGUGACCGCUUCUCAUAAUCCGAAGGAGGACAAUGGAUACAAGGUGUAUUGGACUAACAGUGCCCAGAUCAUCCCGCCACACGACAAAAACAUACAAACGGAGAUUCUGGAAAACCUCGAACCACUCGCUUCAUCAUGGAACCUCGAUCUGUUGCUAUCGGACCAGCUGCGUGACCCAUAUGACCAGAUGGUAGAGCUGUACUUCCGCAAACUUCAGGCGAACGUACCGCAGACGUUCAUCCGCGACUACAACACAGGCAGCACGUCACGCUUCGUGUACUCGGCGAUGCACGGCGUCGGCUACCCGUUCGUACAGAAAGCCUUCGAGUGUGCCAAUCUUGCCGCGGUCAUCCCGGUACCCGAACAGCGUGAUCCAGAUCCCGAAUUCCGCACGGUCAAGUUCCCCAACCCGGAAGAGGGCAAAUCGAGCUUGGUGCUGUCGAUGCGACUGGCAAACGAAACCGGAUGCGACGUGAUACUGGCUAACGAUCCGGACGCCGAUCGGUUGGCCUGCGCCGAAAAGGAUGCCAAAAGUGAGUGGCGUGUUUUCAGUGGCAACGAGCUGGGCGCACUGCUGGCCUGGUGGUCCAUCCGUUGCUACCGAGAGCAGUAUCCGGAUCGGAGUCUAUCUGAUUGCUAUCUGAUUGCUAGCACGGUGAGCAGCAAGAUGUGCCGAUCCAUUGCGAAUGUCGAAGGGCUCCACUUCAUCGAAACGCUGACCGGAUUCAAGUGGAUGGGCAAUAAAUCGGUUGAGCUGCUGUCGCAAGGCAAAACGGUCCUGUUUGCGUUCGAAGAAGCCAUCGGUUUUAUGUUUUCCCCGACCGUACUCGACAAGGAUGGCGUCAGCGCGGCGUGCCAUCUUGCGACGAUGGCUUGCUAUCUGCGAGCCACCUCUAACCAGUCGCUGGCGGACAAGCUGAAUGAACUAUACGACAUCUACGGAUUCCACUGCACGAUCGCAUCGUAUCAUUUCUGCUACGAACCACCCGUCAUCGAGCGCAUCUUCAAACGCAUUCGCAACAUGGCACCAGGCGAUGGAGUUCCCAAAGAUGCUUCCUACCCACAGGCCAUCGCCAAUGGACGAUUUAAGAUAGCAGACGUACGCGAUCUAACCACCGGGUACGAUUCAGCGCAACCGGACGGUCUUGCCGUCUUGCCGACCAGCAGCAGCUCACAGAUGGUGACGUUUUCAUUCGAAAACGGUGCCGUAAUAACGUUGCGAACGUCCGGAACGGAACCUAAAAUCAAGUAUUACGCUGAAAUGUGUGCUCAGCCAGGACAACGUGAUUGGGCCGGAUCGAGGGCCACGUUGCGUGAGAUGGUGGAUGCCAUCGUCGAGGAGCUGCUCCAACCAAAAGAGAACAACUUGACGCCAAGGUCUGACUAAUCCAGUGUAGCCGACACGGUCUGAGACAGGCUGACAUCGUGCGCAGGACACAAUGCAGAAGUAGAAUCAUUAUAAGCACCGGUACCCAGAGAUGCACACAAUCUCAUUCAAUCAUUCCGCACACAGUGCGCCUUGCACACCGUUAUCACCAUAGACGGAUACGCAAGGCAAGAUGGGUAGAAAGCUCUCCGAGGCACGCAUCGAUUGACUAUUAUUUUACUUUUAACGCCCCAAAAGCUACACUUUCUAUAGUGUUUACAAUUCGCCCCAUCUAACAAACGCCCUUGAAGGAAUUCGAAUGUGAAUCGAACUUAAAGGAAGCGCACCUCCUAGCAAACCUACACAAAUUCUAGCUCCCUCGUAGGGGGAAGAAAAAGGCUGGAAUGAAAACUGGCGAAACCAAUAACUAGAAUAUGUUUUACUGAAUGUUUACUGAUGCUCGACGACAAUGCCUGCGUUAGAAGACAAUGUUUUCUAUCGCAGGGAUGUACACCUAAUUUGAUGCGUUCCCGACGUUCGUGGUAGUAGUUUGUUGCACGUAAAGAAUGGUUGCAUAUUUAUUUUUCUCUUGCCUAAUAAAUGUCCUGUAAUGUGUAAAAUGA